CAGAGGCGCUUUUGCACUGCCCGCCACACCACCGCCAAACCACACUUUGUCGUCACGCGUGCCCUACGAGAGAGCGAGACAGGAGAGAAGAAAGACCGCAUCUCGCCGGGACGCCCAAAACGGUAGAAAGUGCAUCGUUUGGAGGCAGCAGUUGGUGAGUGCAUUACAGGAUGAACAAGCCGCCUGGCGGACCGCAGCCCGGCCAGCCCCCGCCCUUCCCCGGCGGCGGACCCCCGCCCAUGAUGAUGCCACCCUUCGCUGUAAGGCCAACUAGCAUCAUGAUUGGUUCUUAUGAUGUGGCUUUACUAUCCAGACUCAAAAUGCCGCCAGGAAUGGCCCCCCCUCCAGGCUUCCUCCCCCCUCCUGGCAUGGGCCAGAUGCCCCCUCGCACCGUCCCCCCUCCAGGCAUGUCCCAGCCCCCUCCGGGGAUGAGCGUCCCCCCUCCGGGCAUGACCAUGCCCCCCUUCGGCCACCCCCCUCCCAUGCCGGGUAUGCCCAUGAUGCCCCCACCAGGAAUGACCAUGCCCCCCAUGGGAAUGCCGGGGACUCAGGCACAAGCACCAGGCACUACAGCUGCCCCAGCUGUCACAGCGAUGGCAUCUGGAGCUCCAGGUGCGACCACACAGGCCGAUCCAGCUGGCACCAAGGUGUCAGGGUUUGUCUCCGGGUCAGACCAGCCCAUGCAGAGUGCGACAGCUGUCAAUCCACAGGUGGCGUCAGUACAGCAGGAGGGCAUGGCCGGGUCACCUGGGAUGGCCUCACCUGCACAGACGUCAGAGAAGCCCAAAGAUGAGAAGAGCCCGUGGACGGAACACAAGGCGCCUGACGGAAGGACGUACUUCUACAACUCUAAGACCAAACAGUCGACGUGGGAGAAACCCGCGGAGCUGAAGAGUCAUGCCGAGCUGCUGCUGGACUCCUGUCCAUGGAAGGAGUUUAAGGCAGACAGUGGCAAGGUUUACUACUACAACUCCCAAACCAAAGAAUCACGCUGGACCAUCCCCAAAGAGCUGGAGGAGCUCCGCGCCAUGAUCGCUGCACAGGGGCUGGACAAGCUGAAGACCGCAGGAGGGGAUUCUGGGAGCAGCAGUCCCUCGGUGACCACACCCGGACAGGUGCAGCCGCAGGGAACACCUGGGCAGAUGGGCACACCUGGACAGGUGCUGACACCUGGACAAGGUGUGACCACACCUGGGCAAGUCAUAACAGCUGGUCAGCAGGACAUGACGAGCCAGCCUGCAGCUGCGGUGGGGGCACCUGCUGUAGAUACAGCUGCAGUCGCUACACAGCAGGCCGCAGAGGGAACUCCAUCAGAAGCAGACACAGACGACAAGUCUCAGGCUGGUGAGGACGCCACAGACAGCGCUCCUGAGAAGAAGGAGUACGUCUACGCUAACAAGGCCGAGGCUGUGGCUGCCUUCAAGGCACUGCUGAAGGAGAAGGGAGUUGCGUCCAACGCCACGUGGGAACAGGCCAUGAAGAUGAUUGUUAACGACCCUCGCUACGGGGCCCUCAAGAAGCUGAACGAGAAGAAGCAGGCCUUCAACGCCUACAAGACACAGAGAGCUAAGGAGGAGAAGGAGGAGGAGCGGCAGAGGGCCAAGGAGGCGAAGGAGAAGCUGCAAGAGUUCCUGGAGGGUCACGAGAGGAUGACCUCAACUACCAAGUACAGGAAGGCAGAGAGCAUGUUCUGUGACCUACAGGUCUGGCAAGCAGUUCCUGAGAGAGAUCGCAAGGAUCUGUACGAGGACGUCCUCUUCUUCCUGGCAAAGAAGGAGAAGGAGGAUGCCAAGGUCCUGCGCAAACGGAACAUCGCAGCCCUGAAGAACAUCCUGGACAACAUGGCCAACAUCACCUACAAGACCACGUGGUCCGAGGCACAGCAGCACCUCCUGGAUAACCCCACCUUCGCUGAGGACGACGAGCUACAGAACAUGGACAAGGAGGACGCUCUCAUCUGCUUUGAGGAGCACAUCAGAGCCCUGGAGAAGGAGGAGGAAGAGGAGAAGGAACGUCAGCGCGGGCGGGAGAGACGACAGCAGCGGAAGAACCGGGAGGGUUUCCUGGUGCUGCUGGACGAGCUGCACGAGGCGGGACAGCUCCACUCCAUGUCCACCUGGAUGGAGCUGUACUCCAUCAUCAGUGCUGACGUCAGGUUCACCAACAUGUUAGGGCAGCCAGGGUCAACACCCCUGGAUCUUUUCAAGUUCUACGUGGAAGACCUCAAGGCUCGUUUCCACGACGAGAAGAAAAUUAUCAAGGACAUUCUCAAGGACAAAGACUUUGCUGUGGAGGUCAACUCAAGUUUCGAAGACUUUGCGACUGCGAUAAGUUCUGACAAACGUGCGGCCACUCUGGACACAGGAAACAUAAAACUGUCUUACAACAGCCUGAUUGAGAAGGCAGAGGCUAGGGAAAAGGAGAGACAGAAGGAGGAAGCCAGGAAACAACGAAGGAAGGAAGCAGCAUUUAAGAACAUGCUGAAGCAGGCCACACCACCUCUGGAUCCUACCUCAACUUGGGAUGAUGUUAGGGACAGGUUUGUAAACGACGCAGCCUUUGACCAAAUCCUGGUGGAGUCCGAGAGAGCCAGACUCUUCAAGGAGUUCAUCCAGGCCUUGGAGACAGAGUGCAGUCACCACCACUCCAAGUCAUCCUCCAAGAAACAUUCCAAGAAGGCCAAGAAACACCGCAGCAAGAGGUCAAGGUCGCACUCUGCAUCAGAGUCCGAGGAAGAGGAGAGGUCACACAGAAGGUCGUCAAAGAAGAAGAAAAGGUCACGAUCAAGAUCAAGAUCCGAGUCCACAGAUAGGUCAGACUCAGAGGAGAGCCGCAGUAGAUCCAGGAAGCACAAGAAGAAAUCGAAGAAGCGGCGCCACCGGUCACGCUCCUCCGACUCGGAGCAGGAGACCAGAAAGGCGGAGAGGAAGUCGCGAGACAAGUCGGAGUCCCGAGCGAGCCCUCCCCCGUCGGAUUCCAAGAAGGAGAAGACUGGAUGGGAUACAUCAGAGAGCGACCUCAGUGAAGGGGAGCUAGAGAGCCGCAGACGAGCCCUUCUUCAACAGCUAGCAGAUGACCAGUAGUCCAAGAUUCUUUCUUCUAUGUACAUAGUGACAUCCAAAGGGGGCUGGGGAGGGGGGUACAGUCAUGGGCCCAGUAUUGAGCCUUGGGGUACACCAAGUGUAGCAGGGAGGUAAUUUGAUAACACAAGAAUACUUGAAAGUGUGCAGCCACAAAUAUUGAGUUGUAACUGAAGUACUGGAAUUUGUCCUAAAGAUGACAAAACUUGUAAUGUUUAAGUUUGUGGGUUCAUUGUACUCCAUGGUUGCUUCUGUAUGUAGUAUAGGUUAUGAUCUACAAUCAAAACCCUGCCAAAAAUCCUACAGUAUGUCCCAAGAUGAUGUAUGAACAAUGCAAACUGUUUUCAUUGUUUUCUUGUAUACACUUUGUAUAAUGCAGAAUAUUUACAGAUGAACACUUUUGCAACUCAAACACCAUUCACAUGGACCACUGUAGUUGCAGACAUGCAUUAAUCCUCUAUCAGUCUAACCAGGUAACCAAUUCGAAUUAUGGUACCAAACGGCUACCUGAGCCUGAUUUAAUCACACUUUUAGCCCAAUCAUCAGAGAGACAGCAAGAGAUUGAGUAACAAAGGCUAGUGGCUACCUUAGCUGGCUCAAGGUUUGUAGGCAUGUCUGUAGGCUUACUUGUACUGACUGGCAAUAAGCUUGUUCUGUCCACUGUUUAUUGCUUGAGAAAUGUUUGUCUGUAUCUCAUGCUUCAGUCUAAACAUACAAACCAUUGUCAGCAUGUCUUGUAGGAUUUUAACCCUUUUCCUGCUGGCCAUGCUACAGUACAAAUGAGUCCACAGCAUGGAGGUUUAAUGUAAUUUAUCACAUCUUUGUUUCUGAAAACAUUCAUUUUAUGUGUUGAUAAAAUGUGUUGUAGUUACAAAGGCAGAAGAGUAGAAAAUUCAUUACUUUGCAAUUUGUGGGGCCAAGUUGAAAUAUGUUGCCACAACCUGUGUCAUGAUACUAUCUUUUCUACAUUAAAUGUCACUCAGACACAUUUUGAAGAAACUG